AAAUUGUGAUACCCGAGAAAAUAGCCAUUCGCCUCCUGAACUCAUCGGAAGUGACCGCAGAGCAGUUCUACAAGCACAUCCUCGAUCAAUAUCGCAUCCUUAGCCACAUGCAGCAGCAACGCCAACAGAUCCUUCAGCGCCAGCACCUGCAGCUGCAGCAACUGGAGGCGAACAAUCGCUUCCAGGAGGUCUUUGCCACGGCAACCAUCAUCCAGGCGCAUCCGCAUCCACAUCCCCAUCCACGGGAGCCUCCGCCAAAGCAAAAGAGCCUUCUAUUGCCCUCCAAUAGCAGCAUUGUGGCAGGUGGAGAUCCACAACAGCAAGCGCAGCAGCAACAGCAGUUACCCAACAACAAUAUGGAAACGGAUGCCGAGGGACAUCUACCGCUACUCCUGGACACCUCACCGCCCGCUGACCUAAGCGGAAUGGGUCACUCGAAGCGAAAGACCCAUCGGGGACACUACAAACACCAUAGAGCCCGAGCCGGUGGCCCCAAGAAGCUCUCCUCCAUCAUCAACACGGUUGCCAGUUCGAGUUCCGGUGCCAGUUCCGUGGCCAGCUCCACGCUCAGCACCACCAGUGGCGACACAUCCUUGGCUGCAACGGCGGCCACCUUGCCACAUGGCUAUAUGGACACACCACUGAACCCGGCAGCGGGUACCAUUGUCCAGCCACCGCAGUUGCAGCUAUACACCUCGAUGCCCAUACCCCUGAUCCUGAGUCCCAGCGAGGAGAAGCGACCCUCGCAUCAUGCCCAUGGACAUGUGCACGGCGAGAGACGGGGCGGUGGAACCCAGUCCGGCGGACGACGACGAACCACAACGGCCUCGGUAUCCGGUUACGAGGCUCAGACAUACCUCAAUCCCUUCCUCACCGGCGAGCUGAUCUUUGAGAAGUAAGAGAGUGAUAGAGGAGCAGGCAGAGACCCGAUUCGGUAAUUUUUUUUUGUGUUUUUUUACUAAGAGAGGAUGGGAUGGGUGGUUGAUGGAGGGGAAAUGGAAGCCAAACCAUUCCCAAACCCACACCCCAAACACACACUAUAUCAAUGGAGAACUGUUUAGAAGGGGCGCCAGAGCAGCAUUACUCACAAUAAUUCAGUUGGGCUUCAGUACUGGCCAUAAGCUAAAUAUAUACUAUUCCCAAAUUGAAAACGAAUCAUGUCAUAUCAAAAAAACACCCGAAACAAAAGAUAUUCGAAAAGACAAUAAUGCAUAAAUGUCAAGGAUAAUUUUCAUAUCAAAAAGUAAGUAAGGAUGGAUCCUAGAAAUACCGGCAAAGAGAUCCUUGUAGCUUAUGUCCAGUGCUGGGCUUUAAUUGGAAACUAUAUAUAGAGCCUGGCCCGUUGAAAUAUAUAGAGGUUAAUAAGCGUUAAAUGUACUGCAAAACAAAAAAACCAAAAAGGAAGAUAGUUGAAACCAUAGCUAAAGGUUAGUUGAUGUACCGACCACCACACACACUCUCUCACACACACACACACACACACACAGAUAAUACGGGACCCACUUCUUCAGUAGAAUAUCACAUGAUAUCAGCGAUCACGGAUCAGUUUGGAUCAUCACCAGGCUCAGCUCAGCAAAACUCACCCCACCUAGGACACUGCUUCCAGGCAGCUAGCGAAUGCUACACCAACUACAAUAAUUAGCCAACCUUAGAGUGUAACCAGUUACCAGUUAGCCAAUUACCAGUUACCAAUAACCACCAUUCCAGGAAUUAUGAAUGUCACAAAACACCUCACGCAGAGCGGCUUUUACUAGGAUUGUCACAGCCAGAGAUCGGUUAUAUGUGGAUUAUACAUAGUCCCUAUAUACAUAUAUGUAUGAAAUUCUAAGGAAGAAGAUUCUUAUCUUAGUUGUUUUUACCAAGCUUUAAUUGAUUUAAUUCCCACUACUCAUAUAUGGUUUUAUAAUAUCUAAUUAUUAUGCUUAAGAAAAGCCCCUUAAUCUGUUUGCUAAAUCUAAAAGAUAACCAAGAGAUUCAUAUGAUUCGUUUGAUUCUAAAAAUACUUGGCCGACGCAUUACCUUUGGCCAAAGAAACUCCCUAUAGAUAAAAACGCGGCGUGCUCAACUCAAAUAUGAACUAUAGUUAUAAUACUAUAGUUAUGCAUAUAUAAACCACAUAUAUGGGGGGCAUAUAACCGAUGUCUGACGUGACAUUUGCUCCGUCUAUAAUCACAUAUUCUCGAAAACCAAAGCAAAACACUAAAGGCAAAAAACCUAUCAAGAAACACCAAAAAUACACUAUGAGAAAAAAGGGGGGAAUAAGAGAGAAAGUAUAUGGAUGAGGGGAAAGAGGAUGAAGAGGAAACUGUAUCGCAUCCAAGGACACGAGAAUUGAAUUCAUCAAUAAAUAAUAAAUAAAUAACAAAAAGUAUAAACCAUA